AUUUUGGAAUGGUGGGACCGCAACCCACAUCGCACGUCUGCCUCUUGUCAUGAGCAAUCACAUUGCUAAGGAAACUCAUCGGCGAGGGCCAUUUAUGUGCUGCUGAUUAUCCCUCAAAAUCUGGCACCGUAAUUAUCCAAGUAAUGUGCCACCUCUGCCUUUAAAUUGCGAGAAGGAGAGUUACUGCCGACUAGGUUGAAAAUGAAGCCAGUACUCUCAUCGCAAUUUUGGAAUGAGUCAGUAAGUUCGUCAAGAUCAAUUGAUGGAAUAUCACACGGGCUGCCUGCGGAGCCUCCGCCCUUAGGAAUUGUGACCGGAACUCGCCUCUCAAGGUCUCAGCAGCUGCUCAUGUUGCAGCGAUUUCUAGGUAUUCCUUGCACACCCUCUUAUGUCGUGGAUGCGGACAACAAGGGUGGCUUAGUUCUUGAUCGUGUGCUGGGGAGCGCUGGAGGUGAAAACUGGUGGGCUACAUUAACAGGUCGGGUUCGGCCACAGCGACUGUUUAGGAGAAAGUGCUCCACUGGCGAAAGUAGUAGUAGUAGUAGUAGUCGUACAGGUAGCGAUUCAGCAGCGCAGCAUACCUCCAGAAAUCUUGUGGAAAGUGCACAUCGCUUUUUGGACAACUCUUUGUACGCCCUUUGCUUUCGGUCAAGGCUCCAGCUGGGAUCGAGAACCACCCUCAGUACCACCUCAGAGUUGGAUAGUCUUUCUUGUCAAGCGUUUGCUGAUCAACAAUCUACUGGAGAACAGACUCGACCUCCCUGGAGGGGUCGCGUUUCGUUGCGCCACAAGUUGGAUCAACAAAAAAUUGUUGCGGAAGCAGCUUACCACGAGCGCUAUGUCGAUCGUGAAUCACGCUACUGGGAUGUGCCGCACACGGUUUCGUUUGAUUUUGCCUCGCUGGGGGCUCCAGGGGGCUUUCGGUACCGGCUUGGCGUUCAUCAUAGUGCUGGAUCUCCUCUUGAGUGCGGUGGCACCCGACCGGAAGUAAAUGCUGGAGAACCUCCAGUAAAAGCUCUCCCAGGAUUACGCCUCCAAGCUGCUGCAUCGGUGGAGAAGUCCUUGAACCUCUGGAAAGCUGAUCUAGAGAGCAUUAUUUCACAAAAAUCGUACAGUCUUUUUGAUGCUCGGCCCUGCAUUUCCCUUUCAGGUGUUCUGGGAGGACUUUUAAGUUCAAGGUUGGAUCCAUUGUAUGGUAUAACUCAAUCUUUAGAUCCUACUGGUGCCGAUAAUUCCCCACCGAUAGGACGCCGCCACUCUGCAGACCUGUUUGCAUCAGUAGGCUUAAACGCACAGUUUGGUCGAUUUAAAAGAAAUUUUUGGGACUUCACAAAGAUGGGUAUACGGCUUGACAUAGGGGCAGUUUCUGCAUUGAAGUUGCAUAAGAUGCAAGACGUGAGUCCAUCUUCGAAUGGAGAGUCUGGAGACAUUGGUGACGAGCGUGGGCACCCUACUCUGGCUUUGGAACUUCAACAGCAGGUGAUCGGGCCCCUACGUGCACGCGUUCAUUCUCGUGUGUCUUUUAAUCCUUUGAAUCUUAAUCAGCAACCGUAUGUACAAGAGAUUAUAUGUGGCCUUGAUUACCCUCUUGAAGCCAGUGGUGCUUCGAAGCUUUGUGUGUGGUAUUCCCCAUCCAGGCGUGAAGGCAUGGCUGAGUUUCGAGUACUUGAAAGAUAGCAAGGAAAACUUUGAUCUGAAACCUUUUAUCUCCCUUCUUUCUCUCUUCUGCUGAAGUAGAAACAACGUAACUCUCUGAUGUAGACUAAGGAUGAUCUUAUUUGAUUUGUUUACGUAGAAAAGAGUAUGAGGCAUUUUGCAACUUAAAAGUAGUGUUUGAAUUAUGCUGAGUUACACGGCUGGAUUUGAUGGCUUCAGUCUCAAAAGUCAGAGGGCUAAGAGCCAUGCUGCGGCACCUUUGAAACCACUGGUUUUAGACCUAGGCUAUACUCUGAGUCACCACUUGUACAACGCUUCAAAUUUGCUAUUUACAGUCUGACGGGCCUUUGCGAACACCCAGCAUAUAA